CACGUCCUCAUCUAUUCGCGCCCAGGUUGCUGUGAUGAAGCCCAUCUCGUUCUGAUGGGCGGCGUUUGGCGACCUCUAUGACUCGAGAUUAUUGCUGAAGACAAGAGAAACGGUUUGCGACUACUCUUUGUUGAAUAACAGUGUGCCGCUACUCUUUCUUUGUUGAAGCGCAAGAUUAUGCCGACACCCUGGUCUGAGUGUGCUUCGUCUCAAGAUCGCCAACAAUCGCGCGGGUGUGACCAUCUACCUAGCACACGCAUGCACUUCCGCCGACGCUGCUAGAGCCUGCGAUCAACGACUCCUCAGACCAACUCGCCCAACAUGGGUUACGACUAUGCCUGGGUACAUCUUACCUAUAAUAUCCCACCUGCUAUCAUUUUGACCGCUCUUUACUUUCCUCUAUUCACAAAACUAGACCUCUACAAGCUCGUCUUCCUAAUCACCAUUGCCGUUGUCUCGACCAUUCCUUGGGACAGCUACUUGAUUCGUACCGGAGUAUGGACUUAUCCAUCUCAUGUUAUCAUCGGUCCUACGCUCUACGACAUCCCUUAUGAAGAAGUGUUCUUUUUCGUCAUUCAAACAUUCAACACGACCCUGCUGUAUCUAAUUCUCAGCAAGCCUGUCCUCAAGGAAAUCUACCUCGUCCGAGAGGCCAAAUCUGCCGGAUUAGCCCAAGCAUGGAAGCUAGUACGAAUCGGAGGGCAGAUCGCUCUGGGUCUUGGAAUCCGUCAGGGCAUUCUGUUCAUUCAAGCAAAUGGCAAAUACACCUAUCUCGGAUUGAUUCUCGUUUGGGCACUGCCCUUCCUCCUCCUGCUAUGGAGUCUAGCAUAUCAAUUCAUCAUUGGGCUACCCCUGGCGACGACACUGCUUCCCAUCGCUCUGCCAACCUUGUAUCUUUGGAUCGUUGACACGCUUGCUCUUCAGCGCGGAACCUGGGUCAUCUCUACUGGCACCAAGACCGGUUUCAAUCUCUGGCCACAUCUCGAGAUUGAGGAGGCUAUAUUCUUCCUCCUCACAAACUGUUUAAUCGUGUUUGGACUACUUGCAUUCGACAAUGCACUCGCGGUGUUGAACGCGUUUCCCGCACAUUUCCGACGAGUUCCUUCCUUGCCUUCUCCGGCACUCUUGGUACAGGCCCUCCUUCUGCCAUCCUCCGCAUACGAUGAGGAACGUCUUCAGGGCCUCAACCAGGCUGUCAAUCGUCUCGCAAAGAAAUCACGCUCUUUUUACCUGGCAUCGUCAACCUUCUCUGGUCGUCUACGUAUCGAUCUGAUUCUACUUUACAGCUUCUGUCGCGUUGCCGAUGAUCUGAUUGAUGCAGCAGAGAGCCCAGAUGCUGCACGUUUGUGGCUGGCCAAAUUGCGGGAAUUCUUGCGCCUGAGGUACGCCGGUGACAUGGUUGAUGCUAAAGGCAAUGUCGUCACUGCACAUGAUCCCAACAAUAGCCCUGCCGCACGCUUCGUGAGCCAAAACUUUCCACCACAAGUCGAGCUAGCUUUGUUACUCCUGCCGACCCAGAAGCUGGACCAGGAGCCCCUCGCAGAACUGCUCGAAGGAUUCGACAUGGAUCUUGUCUUCACCGAAGAUGCCACAACCUCGACCAAGAGCUCGAAGGGUGGCAAGGCCAAUGGCAAGACUAAGUCAAGCGCGCCUGCUUCCGCCACCACGAAAUAUCGCACACCGAUCUCUUCUGUCAAAUCCCUCGAUCUCUACGCUUCGCGCGUGGCUGGCACCGUCGCCAUCCUCGUCAUUCAGCUCGUCUUACACCACCACGCCAGCAAUCCCGAGCUGCCCAAAGAAAAAGUCAAAGCCCUCCUCUCUGCCGGCCACGACAUGGGUCUCGCCCUCCAAUACACCAACAUCGCACGGGACAUCCGCGUCGACGCACAGAACGGCCGCUGCUACAUCCCGCCAGAAUGGCUCGCGGAAGUCAACCUCAAAGACGGCGGAGACGUCGUCAAAGGCUUCGCAGAGUCCGAGACGGAAAGCGAUAGCUCGCCCGCGGAGACGAUGGCCACCCUCGCGCCACUGCAAAGCUACCUCCUCACCCGCGCCUUUGCAUUCUACAACCGGAGCGUGCCCGCGAUAGAACAAUUGCCGCGACCAGCGCGGGCGCCCAUGCGCGUGGCGGUGGAGAGUUACAUGCAGAUUGGCCGAGAAUUCAGAGCGAAGGAGAAGGCUCGUGGUGGGAAAGCGGUGACAUUGGUCGAUGCGAGCCGUGCGACGGUUCCGUUGGGACGCAGAGUGUUGGUGGCGUGGUGGGCGAUGAUGGGUCCUCGCAGGAGAGGCGGGUUGGGCUCAGGAGAGAUCUAGUUUGAUCAUGGGUGUCAGGACCAGAGAGUGCUUUGACAUUGAAGGUCUGGUAUAGAUGUAGAUACGAGAGCAGUGGAAGAUCAACAUGUCUAGCAUAUAUAUCGUAUGUUUUAAUCGAGUUCGCAGCAUC